AUGGCUAUCAGGCAGAGGCCCGAUGAGUCCCUGAGGAAUUUCAUGACCCAUUUCAACGCGGAGAGCUUACAGGUCAGGGACAAAGACGAAAAGGUGGUCAUGGCUGCCUUCAUGAAUGGGCUCAGGGUAGAGGAGCUCUUCUACAAGCUGGCCGAAAAGCCUCCUGGAAAUCUGGAGGAGCUCCUGACCAGGGCGCACGGGGCCGCUAAUACGGAGGAGGCAGGCCGUUUGAAGAAAGAGUCAGAUCGGGAGCUCGGAGACCGGAGAGGACGGGGAAACCCCCCCGAGAGCAAGGAUGGCCCGGCCAAGAAAAACGUCUUUGACCGGCUCUCGAGGGAGAAAACCCCUGCUCCGCCACCGCUCCCGGAGAAAGGCUACACCCCCUUGACUCGGCCUAGGGCCCAGAUCCUAACUGUUAUGGAGGCGGAAGGCCUGGGAGGUCGGCCGCCCAAGAUGGGGACACCUCGGAACAAGAGGAACCAGGACCGGUACUGCGCCUUCCACCGUGACGUCGGACACGACACGGAAGGGUGCUGGGCCCUGCGGAAGGAGAUCGAAAAUCUGAUCCAGCGUGGCUUCCUGGGGCGAUUCGUGAAGCAAGGUCGCCCCGACCAGGAGCCCGGGCACGCCUACCAUGGUGAUCGGGGUGGGGGCCCGCGUCGCUACCGUCCUGAGCGGCGUGAUGUCCUCCGGGGCCACUCUCCCGACCAAGACACCCAGAACCUAGCUGGAGUGAUAAACACCAUCGUCGGGGGCCCCACCGGGGGAGACAGUCACACAGCUCGGAAGAACAGGCGACCUCCCCCUGAGGGAGAUGACUCCCUAAAACGGCUGCGCAUUGACGAGGAGAUCACUUUUGGACCAAGGGAUACAAUCCCCCUAGCGUCUGGGAACCACAAGGCCAUCGUGAUAGACAUUGUUACCAACAACUACCGGGUGAAGAAGGUAUAUGUCGACCAGGAAAGUGCGGUCGACAUCAUGUUCUAUCGGGUGUUCAAGGAGCUCGGCUUGGAGGACGGGCAGUUGACCCCUGUUCGGACACCCCUGGUGGGCUUCACCGGACCCCCUAUUAACCCGGAAGGAAUUAUCACCCUGAUGGUCACGGUAGGGCAGGCCCCCAAAUACGGGACCAUCCCUGUCAACUUCGUGGUGGUCAAGCAACAAUCCCCGUACAACGUGUUCCUGGGUCGACCCGCCUUGAACGCUCUCCGAGCUAUCCCCUCGACGCUCCACCUCAGCGUCAAAUUUCCCACUCCGUAA